AUGGAUUGGCACGUUGCAAGCCAGAGUCUACUAGGAGCGUUGCCGUUGGACCUGUUGGAGCCCAUCCUUUCGCAUUUACGCCAUCGAGUGCGCGAUCUAGCGGCAUGUGCACUCGUAUGCCGUCGCUUCUACCAACUCGCGACGCCUCUGCUGUACGAGCGUGUUUUCCUCCGCGAUCAGACGCGCCUCAAACUCGUGUUCGGCUGUCUUGGCCACAACCAGAAUCUCUGUGCGCUGAUCAGGGUGGUGGAAUUGCGCGUGUUCCCCUUCGGUCUCGAUGCGGAACGACUGGAACAACUCGAGGUAGAUAUUGAAUCCACUUUUAGGCAUGCGAUCAAUCUGGAGGAGCUCGUAUGGACGCGAGCGGGAAGCCUCAAUGAUCGACUGCUGCCAACGCUGCUCGGCUCAUCAGCAAAGUUGCAGAGAUUGGAGCUGGCGGGAGAUGCAAGACUUUGGACCAUGCCGACAUUGCUCAACCACAUUCCGCCGAGUGUGCAGAGCCUCAGUCUGAUACUGCCAGAGAGGGCUGCGCUGUGGGGCCUGGUUGACAUAGCCAAAAAGCUGUUGAACGAUCCGGAGCCGGAAGCGAGCUCAGCGCUAGCAUCGCACGCUGAUGCAGUGCAGAUGGAUAGUGGCAGCGUCAAGCAAGCAAAUGGGCUCCAGAGUCUGAGCAUCCUAUGUCAGCAUUCUACGCACCUGGCGGAUGCAACUCUGAUCGCAGUGGCUCCGCAUCUGAAACACUUACGGCGACUGUCGCUAGCAGGCUGCCGAGCUGUCACGGGACGUGGAAUCGAAGCUAUCCUUCGUCACGCCUGCGAGGACGGUCAUGGUGUCUCAGACCUUGCCAUGGAGGGCCUCAACAUCCAAGCGCAAGGAGUUGACUUGCUGCAUCCGUAUGCUUCCUCUUUACGAUUGCUCUCGCUGACGUAUCCAAGAUCUGCCUCGUCUUCCGGGUCGCGCUCGCUGCCAGCCGCUUCUGUACAUGAUUUCUACACCAGCUUUGCAAAACUCAUCGAGGAGGCCAUCAACCUGGAAGAGCUAACGCACUAUGCCGGUGCUGGUUCGCGACCGGCGAUGGACAGUGGAAACGAGGGCAACGAAGGCGAAGAUGCGCGCCUGGUCAAUUUGGACGAGCUGGAUGACGGCGAAUCCGAAUAUGAUGAGGCGGGAGAAUAUGUUGAGGCGGUGCGGAAGGAUAGCAACGCCAGCGGUGAUGCUUCUUGGACAUGCAACGAUUGGAUCAGACGUUUCUCUGGACCACCACCGGCAGGCAGUGUUCGAUAUGGGUUGCCAAAGAAGUCGACCGCGCCGAGCAAUCUACCAGUGCUACCCACUUGGUUCCUGAUACGGCUUUUGGCGAGUCGGGGCAGUCAACUAAGAAAAUUGCGACUGCACGGCAUCGGACUAUCGCUGGACCAGCUGGGUAUGAUCGCGCAACACUGUCGCAAAGUGCAAGAGCUUGUGAUUCAAAUUUGGGAGGACGACUUGCCACGGCUGGCGGCGUUGCUGUGUCAGCUUCCACAGUUGAAGACGCUGCACAUCCUGGCGUCGGCCUCGUCUGAGACCAGCUUGGGAGAACGAGAGAUACAAUGGAUUGCGCAGGUCUGUACCGAUGCCAAUCGGGAACGACGCUCGCAGAAUGCAAAGAACAUGUGCAAUGGCAACUUGAUGCUAGAAGGGAGCGGUCUACACCAGAUCGGAUUUCGGAACCGUGUCUGGCUUGUCGAACGCACCUUCGAUAAAAAGGAAGAGGCAGGACACGAGACACAUUGCGAUUCGGCUGUUGCAAAUGCGAGUCGCAGCGGUGUUAAUGCAGGAACAUCAUCGGCACUGGGCGAGGAAGAGGUGAUCCAGGUCACGCUCAAGAGAUGGGAUCCUGCAGCAGGCACGUUUCCUGAAGUAUUGCUGGUGGUCAAGUCGUGA